AUGGGCACAGGAAAUGAAAGCCAGGCAGCUCCUUCACAAGCAGACCUGAAAGGCAUUGUGGACGAUGAUGUCCUGAACGUGUUUGUCGUCAUUUUCUACGUCACUGCCACAGGGACUAUCAGCUUCUCGGGCAUCAUCUUCAACAUAAUCAAUAUAAUAGUGUUUUUAAAACAAGGCCUAAAAGAUACUGUGAAUAUUACACUGUUCGGCUUGGCUAUAUCAGAUACAGGAUCGCUGAUGGGACUUCUCUGGAUGAGCAUCUGUUUUAACCCUGCGUUGGUCAAUUCCGGCAUUCCUUUCGACCACGAAGACAUUCAAUAUCUCACUGCUGGCUGGCCACAUGUUAUUUUUGCCCGCAUCACAAGUUGGAUCACAGCUUUUGUUACGUUUGAGAGGUGUCUGUGUAUUGCUCUGCCCCUCAAAGUGAAAACUAUCAUAACACCAAGACGAGCUGUUAUUGUGGUAGUUAGUAUAUACUUAAUCAUGAUUGCUUGCAUCGCACCUGUGUUCUAUUCUGUCAGUCUUGGGCCAAAGUAUUUUCCGUUGAAAAACAAGACGCUGAUAGUCAUGUAA